AUGAAAGAAGACCCUUCACUUGAUGCCAAAUGCCGCGAUAAGUUUCUGGUCCAAUCUGUUGCCGUCUCCGCCGAUAAGGAGUUCUCGAAUGUUGCCUCUAUUCAGUGGCAAGAUGUUGAAAAGAAGUCCAAAUCUCUUAUUCAAGAGCGCAAAAUCCGGGUCAACUUCCUACCAAGUGACGACUCGCAUACCAAUGGAGUGGAGCCUGAUUCCGAGCCACAUGCCCAGUCUUCUCCCCAUGCGCCUCAGUUUACCACCCCGGUUGUCCAGCGCACCGUUGGUAAUGGCUCCACACCUCCUAAGUCCGAGGAUAUGAAGCAUGAAAGCCCGCCCGAGCCAUCAUCUGAGCCGACCAACACUUUCGGCAUGGCUACUUCCUCUACUCGCGUUGAGCCCUCUCAAUCAAGUGACGACCUUUUGUCCUCCCAAUUAGCGGAAGCAAGGCUGCAGAUCAAACAACUACAACAGCAGAUAGCCGAUAACGAAGUGAGACAGAGAAAGAAGCCUGUCGAAGGUGGAGAACUUUCUACAAGCCAAUCUUCUCUCAAGCAAGCACAACCUCCUACUCAAUUGGCUGCGGCGGGUGGUGUCCCUUUGCAAGCCGUGGCUGGUCUCUGUCUUCUCAGUUUCUUGCUAGCGUACAUCUUCUUCUAG